ACCUCCUGUCGGUUCUUGUGGUUCCGCAUGAACUCGAACAAGUCUACUACGUCAUAUGUCACAUGAUAACGUCAACAUGGCGAAUGCUGUACAUACUUAACGCGAACGUACAUACUGCCUUAGCGCACGUUAAGUAGGUACCCAAUGAAAUUCAGUACCUACACAGUAAGUAUGCGAUUUCGGAUUCAGCCAGUGUCACAUACAAGCCGCAGUUAAACCAAUGAAGAGAAAAAAUGAUAUCUUUUACACAUCGAAGAACAGAAGAUGGCGCUAAUGCUCUACAUAAGAUUACAAACCGCCAAUAGACACAAAGAAGAAGAGACACGAGCGUCAAUCGCUGUUUUAGUUUGUUGAAUCUUAUCUCCGUGUAUUUUAGUGUUGAUGAUGGAUGUGAUUUGCUGUAAAUCAGAAGAAACUGAUGAGAGUUUACAGGAUGAUGAAUCUACUGAUCAAACCUCCACAGAGUCUCUGGAUUCUGUCUGUAACGCUGGAGAACAGCAGCAGAUCCUGCAGACCAAACUCAACAUGUGUUCAGUCAAACUCAUCGACUGUAGAAACCUCAUGAUGAAGAUCAAAACUGAACCGACAGAAAUAAAAACUGAACCUACAGAAAUAAAAACGGAACUCACAGAAGUAACGUUAGGGCUCAAAACUGAACCCACAGCAGAUGAAGAUAACGCGGAUGAAGAUGAGGACAACGACGAUUUUAUUCCUUCUGAUGAGAGAAGUGAAUCAUGUUCUGAUGGAGAAACGUCCUCAACAUCAAAAGAGCGACGGGCAGAACAAACUCUUUCCUGCAUCACCUGUGGAAAGACAUUCAGCUCACAGAGACAUUUAGAGAGACAUGAGAGAAAACACACAGAACAGAAACUCUUCACCAGAUCUGAGAUCAGCUUUACUACCUUACAAGAGAAGAAACUUCAUUCAGAAGACCACACAGACAAGAAGUUUCACUGUGAGCAAUGUGGGAAAGAUUUUGACUUCUUAUCUCAGCUGAAAAGACACUUGAGGACACACAGUGGUGAAAAACCUUUCAACUGCACUGAAUGUGGCAAAUAUUUUAGAACCAAAGGAAAUCUUGAUGUUCAUCAGAGAGAUCACACAGGAGAGAAACCUCAUCACUGUAAUGUCUGUGGGAAGAGUUUUAGUCAACAUGACAAUUUAAUGACACACCAGAGAACUCAUACAGGUGAAAAACCUUACAAAUGCUCUCAGUGUGAGAAGACGUUUUCUUGGUUAUAUUCCUUAAAAACCCAUGAGAGAGUUCACACUGGAGAGAAACCUUAUGUCUGCUCUCAAUGCGGAAAGAGCUUCUCUGAUCCAUCUCAUUUGAGAUUUCAUCAAAGAAUUCACACUGGAGAGAAACCUCAUCACUGUAGUGUUUGUGGGAAGAGUUUCAGUCAACUUUACAGUUUAGUUUCACACCAGAGAACUCAUACAGGUGAAAGACCUUAUAAAUGCUCUCAGUGUGGGAAGAUGUUUGCCGAGUCAGGUAACUUAAAAGCCCACGAGAGAAUUCACACUGGAGAGAAACCUUACGUCUGCUCUCAAUGUGGAAAGAGGUUCACUGAUCCAAGUACUUUCAGAGUUCAUCAAAGAGUUCACACUGGAGAAAAACCGCAUCACUGUAAUGUUUGUGGAAAGAGUUUCAGUCGACAUAUCAAUUUAGUGUCACACCAGAGAACUCAUACAGAUGAGAAGAGUGAAUCAUGUUCGGAUGAAGAAGAGCACACAGACAAGAAGAAGAACCAGUUUCAAUGUGGGAAGGUUUAUGCAUCUUCUUCUAAUCUGAACAAUCACAUGAGGAAAUACAGUGGCGACAAACCUUUCAACUGCAGUGAAUGUGACAAAUAUUUCAGAACCAAAGAAAGUCUUAUUGUUCAUCAAAGAGUUCAUACUGGAGAGAAACCUCAUCACUGUAGUGUUUGUGGAAAGAGUUUCAGACAACAUGUCAAUUUAGUGACACACCAGAGAACUCAUACAGGUGAAAAACCUUACAAAUGCUCUCAGUGUGAGAAGACUUUUGCUCGGUUAUAUUCCUUAAAAAUCCAUGAGAGAGUUCACACAGGAGAGAGACCUCAUCACUGUAAUGUUUGUGGGAAGAGUUUCAGACAACAUGGCAGUUUAGUUUCACACCAGAGAACUCAUACAGGUGAAAGACCUUACAAAUGCUCUCAUUGUGAGAAGACGUUUUCUUGGUUAUAUUCCUUAAAAAUCCAUGAGAGAAUUCACACUGGAGAGAAAUCUUACGUCUGCUCUCAAUGUGGAAAGAGCUUCUCUGAUCCAUCUUCUUUGAGAGGUCAUCAAAGAGUUCAUACUGGAGAGAGACCUCAUCACUGUAGUGUUUGUGGGAAGAAUUUCAGUCAACAUGGCAGUUUAGUGUCACACCAGAGAACUCAUACAGGUGAAAGACCUUACAAAUGCUCUCAGUGUGAGAAGACUUUUGCUCAGUCAAAUAACUUAAAAGCCCACGAGAGAGUUCACACUGGAGAGAAACCUUACCUCUGCUCUCAAUGUGGAAAAAGCUUCACUGCUUUAAGUACUUUUACAGUUCAUCAGAGAGUUCACACUGGAGAGAAACCUCAUCGCUGUUAUGAUUGUGGAAAGAGUUUUAAUCAACACGAACAGUUAGUGAGACACCAAAGAACUCAUACAGGUGAAAAACCUUACAAAUGCUCUCAGUGUGAAAAAACUUUUGCUCAGUCAGGUUCCUUAAAAAUCCAUGAGAGAGUUCACACUGGAGAGAAACCUUACGUCUGCUCUCAAUGUGGUAAAAGCUUCACUGAUUCAAGUUCAAUGAGAAGUCAUUUGAGAGUUCACACUGGAGAGAAACCUCAUCACUGUGAUGUCUGCGGGAAGAGUUUUAGUCAACAUUGCUAUUUAGUAAAACACCGGAGAACUCAUACAGCAGGACACUGAUCCAAAACACAGCAGCAAGUCCACCUCUGAAUGGCUGAAGAAAACAAAAUGAAACUUUGGAGUGACCUAGUCAAAAUCCUGACCUCAAUUCUAUUGAGAGGCUGUGGCGUGACCUUAAAAAUGUGGUUCAUGCCUGAAAAACCCUCCAAUGGGGCUGAAUUACAACAAUUCUGCGAAGAUGAGUGGAACAAAAUUCCUCCACACUGCUAUAACAGACUCAUUGUAAGUUAUGUUGGAUAAUGCAAAUGUUUAAUUGCAGUUGUUGUUGCUAAGUGUGGCCCAACCAGUUAUUAAGUUUAGGGGGCGAGCACUUUUUCACACAGGGCCAUGAUGCCAUGCAUCUUAACAAGAUCUCCAGCAGAAAAACACACCCACAACAUUAAAGAUCGAGCAGUAUAUUUAACUGUAGGCUAGGGGUACUUUUUUAUCCCUGUUUGUGCACAUGUUGGGUUUGCUGCUAAAAAGUUGUGACUAACAACUAAAUAUGCUGGAAUUUGUUUUUGAAUGAAUAAGGAUAAUUUUUGUGAAAUUCACCUGACCAACCUAAGCUGAUGGAGGGGCUUAUGUUUCUGACCCCAAGACUCAACUAAUCUCUAAAAUUCUCCAGCUGUGAUUUUCGGAGAGUCUUUGGGCACUCACACAUCCUCUUCCAGACAUGUUUGUAACAUCUUUAGUUGAUUGGAACCUCUUAAUUCUAACCCUAAUGGUGGAAAUUGGGAUUUUCAAUGCUUCAACUCUUUUCUUACAGCCACUUUCUAUUUUGUAAAGCUCAACAAUCUUGUUCUGCAAAUCAGAACUAUUGUUUGUUUUCAUUCCUAGUAAUUAGGGAUGCAUAUCAAUUAAUCGCGAUUAAUCUAUAGCAGAAUAAAAGUUUUUGUUUACAUCAUAUAUGUGUGUGUACUGUAUAUAAUAACUUUGUAUAGUUAAAUGCACACACAUGCAUGUAUAUAUUUAAGCAAUGUUUACAUGUGUAUAUACAUUUGUAUAUUUAUGUAUAAUUUAUAUUAUAUAUAAAUAUAAAUACUUAAUAUAUAAAUAUAUUUUUUUCUUAAAAUUAUACAUGCAUGUGUGCAUAUUUAUAUAUACAUAAUUAUUAUACACAGUUCACACACAUAUAUGAUGUAAACAAAAACCUUUAU